ACUGCAGAAGGAGCUGACACCUUCAACCCGUUCGCUAGUCAGGGCAAGACUUCAAAUGUACCUACCCAUCAGGGUGUCUCCGGACUUGGAGGUGGUGGAACUUCCGUCACAAUGAGUGAUGAACUGUUUCGUAAACAAGAAGAACUCGAAAGAAAGGCGCAGGAGUUACGAAUGCGGGAAGAAGAACUCAAUCGACGUCAGCAGCAACAACAGAAUUUGAAUACUGGAAACAUAGGUUAG